AUCGUAGCCAUCUUCGAACACCACGGCCGUGGAAAGACAUGCAGAUUGCGGUCGCACCAACUGACCUUAGGCUUGCCGUUCCUUAGACACGGUAGUCUCACUCCACUUUACUGGGCGAUUUUCAGCGGAGCGAUUCGCAAGUUGGCUCAAUCCCGAUGAUUAUUGGCACCGACGGACUUCCCCAUUUUGUCACCCUUUUCUUAGGAAACCGCCUAAAGUCCUCUAUCAUGCAAUCUGUCAAUGUCCUGAUAAACGUUCCUGAUCCACUAUAUCACUCGGCGGAGAUCCCUAUUUUCCCUGCACGAAUCAUUGCUUGGUGCGCUCCCUUUUUUUUGACUCUAUGCUGCGUUAUAUCCGGAAGGAACUUGCAUCAUUGGAAGCCCGCAUCAACUUGCUUCGUUUCUCAUGUCGUACAAUGUUCGGUCAUCCAACUUCGCGCUUCUUGCUCGCAAAUAUCCAGGAAGUCCGCCGAUUCGCACCGCCGAUACGAAGAUGUUAUGGUCAUGCGCACCUCAGUAUGUGUAUAUCAUGCAUCUGCCCAUUCCCAGGACCUUUCAUAAACAACGGUAUAAAUUAUGCUAAUUACA